AUGGGGCCUCUGUUCCUACCCAUGAUUCGAUCAGUCUCAAAAUUGAUCAGUUUCACCAUUUUGCUUCUCUUUGGACUUGCUUGUACCAGCUUCACUGCUACAGAAGCAUAUGAUCCGCUUGACCCCAAUGGAAAUAUCACAAUCAAAUGGGAUAUUAUAAGCUGGACUCCUGAUGGCUAUGUUGCUGUUGUUACCAUCUAUAACUUCCAGAAAUAUCGGCACAUUCAAGCACCAGGCUGGUCACUGCAAUGGACAUGGGCAAAGAAGGAGGUUAUAUGGAACAUGGUGGGAGGACAAGCCACAGAGCAAGGGGAUUGUUCAAAAUUUAAAACAACAAUCCCCCACUGCUGUAAAAAGAACCCAACUGUUGUUGAUUUAUUGCCAGGAACUCCUUACAAUCAACAAAUUACAAAUUGUUGCAAAGGAGGAGUACUUACUUCAUGGGUGCAGGAUCCAGCCAAUGCUGUGGGGUCUUUUCAACUAAGUGUUGGUCAAGCAGGAACCACUAACAAGACGGUCAGAGCUCCUAAAAAUUUCACCCUGAAUGCACCAGGGCCUGGGUAUACUUGUGGUCGCGCAAAUAUCGUCAAACCAACUAAAUUUGUCACUCCAGAUAAACGGAGAGUCACUCAAGCUAUGAUGACAUGGAAUGUUACGUGCACAUAUUCGCAAUUCCUGGCUCAGAAAACUCCCACUUGCUGUGUCUCACUCUCAUCCUUCUACAAUGACACGGUAGUGCCCUGCCCAGCAUGUUCGUGUGGCUGCCAAAGUAAUGCAACUCAUCCAGGAAGCUGUGUAGAGCCAGAUUCCCCCUAUUUGGCUUCAGUUGUCUCAGCCUCUAGCAAAAAUAGCUACACGCCUCUGGUUCGAUGCACUAACCAUAUGUGCCCAAUCCGAGUUCACUGGCAUGUCAAGCUAAACUACAAGGAAUAUUGGCGAGUGAAAGUUACAGUUACAAACUUCAAUUACAGGAUGAAUUACUCGGAUUGGAAUUUAGUUGUCCAACACCCAAACUUUGACAAUCUGACCCAGAGUUUCAGCUAUAACUACAAGUCAAUAACUCCUUAUGCGACAAUAAAUGAUACAGCCAUGCUAUGGGGACUUAAGUUCUACAACGAUUUGCUGAUGCAAGCUGGGCCUCUUGGUAAUGUACAGUCAGAGCUGCUUUUCCGGAAGGAUCAAGCAACUUUCACAUUUGAUAAGGGUUGGGCUUUCCCUCGAAGGAUCUAUUUCAAUGGCGAUAACUGUGUCAUGCCACCUCCUGAUGCCUAUCCAUGGUUGCCAAACUCUGGUUUCCGACAGUAUACCUCUCUGCUUACUCUAAUCAUGACUUCUUUAUCAACCGCUGCACUCAUGUAUGUUCAUGCUUAA